AUGAACCCGCAAUGUUCUAAAUGUAAAGCAGCAAUGAGGAGAUAUAACUACUCCGUCAAAGAGAUAGAAAGAAUGAGAAACGACUAUGCAGACUUAAAGAUAGAAGCAGAAAAGCCAGCAGAAGAUAAAAUGGACAUGUUAGCAUUUCUGAACAAAAACUAUCCAACUGCUGACGAUUUUCUUCUUUCAGAUGUCAAGAAGAAGUAUAAAGAAACCUUCGGCAUUGUUAAAACAUUCGAUGUACUAAAAGAAGAAAUAGAAGCUACAAAACUGUUUAGAGUCUCACGAAUUCAUAACGUUUACCAUGUAAAACGCUUAUAA